CCUGGCCGAGGUGAGCCCGCUGCGCUUCCGCUGCACCGAGUGCCAGGACAUCGAGCUGUGCCCCGAGUGCUUCUCGGCCGGCGCCGAGAUCGGCCACCACCGCCGCUACCACGGCUACCAGCUGGUGGACGGCGGGCGCUUCACGCUGUGGGGGCCCGAGGCCGAGGGCGGCUGGACCAGCCGCGAGGAGCAGCUGCUGCUGGACGCCAUCGAGCAGUUCGGCUUCGGAAACUGGGAAGAUAUGGCUGCUCAUGUUGGAGCUUCCCGGACUCCCCAGGAAGUGAUGGAGCAUUAUGUAAGCAUGUACAUCCACGGAAACCUGGGGAAAGCCUGCAUCCCUGACACCAUCCCCAAUCGGGUGACAGACCACACAUGCCCCAGUGGAGGCCCCCUCUCUCCCAGCCUCACUACCCCCUUGCCUCCCCUAGACAUCUCGGUGGCUGAGCAGCAGCAGCUGGGCUACAUGCCGCUGCGGGACGACUAUGAGAUCGAGUAUGACCAGGAUGCCGAGACGCUCAUCAGCGGGCUCUCGGUGAACUACGACGACGACGACGUGGAGAUCGAGCUGAAGCGGGCCCACGUGGACAUGUACGUGCGGAAGCUCAAGGAGAGGCAGCGGCGGAAGAACAUCGCCCGCGACUACAACCUGGUGCCCGCCUUUCUGGGCAGGGACAAGAAGGAGAAGGAGAAGACGGCCAAGCGCAAGAUCACCAAGGAGGAGAAGGAGCUGCGGCUGAAGCUGAGGCCGCUCUACCAGUUCAUGUCCUGCAAGGAGUUCGAUGACUUGUUUGAAAACAUGCACAAAGAGAAGAUGCUGCGGGCAAAAAUUAGAGAAUUGCAGAGGUACCGGCGGAACGGAAUCACCAAGAUGGAGGAGUCGGCAGAGUACGAGGCGGCCAGGCACAAGCGAGAGAAGAGGAAGGAGAAUAAAAACACAGGCGGCUCCAAGAGGGGGAAGGAGGACGGCAAGGACAGUGAGUUUGCUGCCAUCGAGAACCUUCCUGGGUUUGAGCUCUUGUCGGACCGUGAGAAGGUGCUCUGCAGCUCCUUAAAUUUGAGUCCCGCUCGCUACGUGACUGUGAAGACCAUCAUCAUCAAAGACCACCUCCAGAAACGACAAGGGAUUCCCUCCAAAAGUCGCCUUCCGAGUUAUCUGGACAAAGUCCUAAAGAAAAGGAUUUUAAAUUUCCUCACAGAAAGUGGCUGGAUAUCCAGGGAUGCUUCCUGAAGCUGAGUGGCUUUGAAAGCUGGAAUGAUGCUAA